AUGCAUCUCCUUACAGUGCUUACGCCGCUUGCCAAGGCGGACGGCCCGCCUAGCGCUUUACCGGGGUCGUCUGCAGCAGCAGCGACGCCUCGUUCUGCGGCGAAAGCCGCUGCAGCAGCAGCAGCAGCAGCAGCAGCAGCAGCAGCAGCAAAGUCCUCCCCCCCGCUGCACGCGCUGCUGCCCCCCUCCCCAGCAGCAACAGCCUACGCACACUCCGACACUUCCACGCAGCCCGAGAGGUCUUCUUUGCUGUCGCCGAGUCCUUUGCUGCUGCCGCUGACUCCGGGGGGCCCCGGCAGCCUGUGGUCGGGGGCCCCCUCGCCCAAGCAGCAGCAGCAGCAGCAGCAGCAGCUGCAGCAGCAGCUGCUGCUGCAGAAGCAGCACCAGCAGCCAUGGGACUGGAACGCAUACGCCAGAGGCCUCCCUUCGCUCCUCGCAGGGCCCGAGGCCCUGCACGCGACGGAGCAGCAGCAGCAGCAGCAGCAGCAGCAGCAAGUGGCUCUCGGAAAGGACGCAGAAGCUCCUGGUGCUGCAGCAGCAGCAGCAGGUGGCGUCUCUGCUGCUGCUGGAAGAGUGCCGCCGAGUCCUGCUGCUCCUUGCCUCCUUCACACCGCCCAGGUGCUUCCUGCUGCUGCUGCUGCUGCUGCGGAGAAGGCCUUUUGGCCCCUUAGCAGCAGCAGCAGCAUCACGACGCAUGCCAGCUGCAGCAGCUUAGCCACACUUGCAAGCAGCAGCAGCAACAGAAGCUACCCCUGCCUGACUUCUAGCAGCAGCAUUGUAUCCCUCCCUGCUGUGGAACCGCUCUUGCAGCAGCAGCAGCAGCAGCGAGUGCUGCAGCAGCACGACUCUCUGCAGCAGCUCCAAGAGCCGCACCAGCAGCAGCAGCAGCAGCAGCAGCACAUUCAUGAAGUUGUGAUGAAGCAACGCAGUGAGUUUCUUCGAGGGUUGGAUGGGGCCAAAGGGUCACCACGGCAGCGGCUGCAGGCUCAGCAGGAGCAGCAGCAGGAGCAGCAGCAACGCCAGAUCCAGCUGCUGCAGCAGCAGCAGCAGCAGAAGCAGCAGCAGCAGCAGCAGCGAAAGGAGCAAAGCUUCCAAACAGAGGUUUGCACCUGCAGCCCUGUGUCAGCAGCGCAGCAAACUCGCCGGCCUCCGUGGCUGCGGCGGCACCCAAGGCCUGCGGCCCCGGGAGAGCAGCAGCAGCAGCAGCAGCAGCAACAGCAGCAGCAGCAGCAAGUUCCGCAGCAGCAGCAGCAGGACUCGGACCAACAGCAGCAGCAGCAGCAGCAGCAGCAGCAGCAGCGGGAAGCUGCACAGGUCUCGGAGUCGCAGCAGCAGAAACAGCAGCAGCAGCAAGCUGCUUUUCUUUGGGGGCGGGUGCUGCAGCAGCGGCGCUGCCAGUCUUGGAUAGAUCAUCGCAUGCAGCCUGCGGGGCUUCUCCCCCCCAGCAGCAGCAUUUUGCCCCAGCAGCAGCAGCAGCAGCAGCAGCAGCAGCAGCAGCAGCAGCAGCGGGUGCGGGCAGCGUCGGAGUCUCCCGUUCUGCUGCAGCAGCGGCAACCAAUGCAACAGCAGCAGCAGCAGCACCGUUCAGCCCCCAUCGCGGUGCACCUUGACGGGGCUGGGUCCUGCUGCAGUAGCUCGUACAACAGCAGCUGCAUGCAGCAGCAGCAGCAGCAGCAGCAGCAACACCAGGGAAUGCUACCUCAAGAGGAUCCCUGUGGCACGCAUGAAGCUCUCAUAACUGACCUGGGCCACGGCUGUUUGCUGCAGCAGCAGCAGCAGCAGCAGCAGCGGCCGCUGCUGCCUUGUGAAAGCUGUUUUUGCACGAUGGCCGCCCAGCAAGAGCAGCAGCAGCAGACGCAGCAGCAGCAGUGCUCUUGUAGUGGUUGCUGCCCCAAAGAGAAACCGGAGCCGCAGCAGCAGCAGCAGCAGCCUGUUGCACUUUUGAGCUGGCCCUCGCAGGUGUGCUCCUUGGCUGCUGAAGGAGCAGCAGCGGCAGCAGCUGCUGCUGCUGCUGCCACAGCGGGCUCCGCCUUUGCUGCGCGUGAGUCAGGCUGCUGCUCCUGCUGCUCGGGCUUGUCUGUUGCAGCAGCAGGAGCAGCAGCAGGAGCAGCAGCAGGAGCAGCGGCAGGGCCAGAGCAGCUCGUGGUGCUGCAGUAUAAAGACAUGCUGAGGCAGCAAGGCCGCAUCAUAAGGGAGCAGCAAGAACGCAUACUGCAGCAGCAGCAGCAAGACUGGCUGUUGCAGCAGCGCGUGGCUUUGCUGGAGCAGCAGCAGCAGCAGCAUCAGCAGCAGCAGCAGCAAAAUCGGGAAGCUUCUUGCGGGCGCAGCUUCUCAGGGAGAGUGAGCGAAGCCCAUCUUCGCGGCCGCCACAGCAACAGCAACAAGGCCAGCAGCAGCAGCAGCAGCAGCAGCAGAAUCAGAGGCUUCUGCUGCAGCAGCGACUGCUGCUCUGGUGCUUCUGAACCGCUGCAGCAAGCGGCUGCCUACGGCGGCAGCUGCAGCAACGAGGACGUGAGCCACGCCAGACCAGCAGCAGCAGCUGCUGCUGCAGCAGCAACUUGUCCGCUUCCUUUCAGCAGCGAUACGCCUGCUGCAGCAGCAGCGACUGCAGCAGAAGCAACACCGGCGAAUGCCCGAGAAGCUGCAUCAGCAGCAGCAGCAGCAGCAGCGGCAGGAGCAGCAAAGGGGCGCGUGCGAGGCCAGCGCAGCAGCCGGCAGCGCAGCAGCAACGACAGCAGCAGCAGCAGCAGCGAAGAAAACAGCCUUUGCUGCUGCCAGCAGCAGCCCUGCUGCUGCCAGGAAGAGCUGUGGCUCUCCCAAGCGCUUGGCCGCGGCAUAGCGGGGCGGCGGCGGUGGCAGCGGCGGCUGCGGGGCUGCAGCAGCAGAAGCAGCAGCAGCAGCAGCCGCAGCAGCAGCAGCUGGGCGAAGCGGGAAGCGUCGCCCGGCGCCGCGGGCUGCGGGCGGGGCCGCGACAGCAGCAGCAGCAGCAGCGGCAGCAGCAGCAAGAAGCCCUGCAGCAGCAAACUCCAACUCAAACAAAUUUCUAAAAAAGAUAUUUAUUUAUCUCCUUCCGUUCAAAGAUGCUUAAAGACAAGACUCAAAGUUCGGCAGCAAGCUCUCGUGGGCUGUCUGAAGAUGCGGGCCUCAUUUUUGGAGGGGGCGGACAGGGCGCUGCAGCACGAGCUGCAGCAGCAGCAGCAACAGCACGCAGCCCACAGCAGCAGCAGCAGCAGCAGCAGCAGCAGCAGCAGCAGCAGGGCGGCAAACGCCCUGGACCUCCAGGCGUGGCUGCUGAGGGCCCAGCAGUGCUGCGAAGCUGAGGAAGCAGCACUUCGACUGCCGCCGCCGAAGCACUAA